CGUCACCGGGCCGGAUGUUGAUAUAAAGUCUGGAGGAAGUGCAGGAAGAAAACACAGCAGCGCGAGCUCGAGCUGAACAGAAAUAAACAAACAGUCGAUCGGAAGCGACUGGUGUGUGUGUGUAUCAUGGGCCGUAUCUUCUUGGAUCACAUCGGCGGGACGCGUCUCUUCUCCUGUGCUAACUGUGACACAAUCCUGACGAACCGCUCCGAGCUGAUCUCCACACGCUUCACCGGAGCCACCGGACGAGCCUUCCUCUUCAACAAGGUGGUGAAUCUGCAGUACAGCGAGGUGCAGGACCGUGUGAUGCUGACCGGCAGACACAUGGUGCGAGACGUCAGCUGUAAGAACUGCAACAGCAAGCUGGGCUGGAUCUACGAGUUCGCCACCGAGGACAGCCAGCGCUACAAGGAGGGUCGUGUGAUCCUGGAGCGAGCGCUGGUGCGAGAGAGCGAGGGCUUCGAGGAGCACGUCCCGUCAGACGCCUCCUAAUCUCUCUCACGUCAGAGAUUCACUAAUGAACACGCACAGCAGGACGAGAGCUUCAGAUGCACAAACAAACAAACA